AUGAGGGUUCAUACUCGAGAAAAACCGUAUGUUUGCGAUAUUUGCGAAAAACGAUUCUCCCAGGAUGGAAGUUUAAGAACACAUAAAAGAAUACAUUCGAAAGAACGACCAUUUAAAUGCAAAGUCUGCGGAUACGAUGCGAAAACGAAACAUAGCUUGAUAAAUCAUGUCAAACGACUACAUCCACACGCAAAUGCUUCUGAAAUCAUGAUUAUUCCACCAAGACAAUUGAUAAGAAAAUAUCAUAAAUGUGAUAAAUGCAAUAAAAGUUUUCGUUGGUUAUCCGCUUUAUCGAAGCACCUGACAUCUCAUAAAAAAGAACGACCGUUUAUAUGUGAUAUUUGUAAGAAAACUUUCAAAUAUAAACAUCAUUUAAGUAGACACAUAAAAGGAGUACAUGCACAGGAACAAACCGAAUCUUUUUCCAAAGAAAGCCCACAACUUGGUCAUGAAAUGCUGUCAGAUUAUUUUCAAACACCAUCAACCAGUUCUCAAGCAAAAGAAUCAAUUGAAUCUGAAGAAGAUUUUCCAGAAAGUAUUUUCACAGCAAGAGAAGCCGAAGAAUUUCUUGAAACUUUUAACAUAAAUUUAGAAAUUAAAAAGUUCGAAACAUCUUCACAACUGAAAUUCUUCUCAGAGAUGGAUACUGAUAAAAGUAAUUUCGAAUGUCAAUAUUGUGGACAACAAUUCACUGACGAAAUUUCUUUAAAUGAACACAAAGAACAAUUCCAUCAAUCUAAUUAAUUUUGGACUUUUAAACGAUGUGAAUUUAAAAAGAUAUUGAAUUUUAUUAAAAUUUUCAGAGUUCAUGUUCUAAUUAAAAUUAAAUUUUUAGUAAAACAA